UUCUCCGUCUUUGAUGAACUGUAAAAAAACACGCGUUGACUUGUUGGGACUACCCAGCUGUUUUUGUUCUCAAGUGUUUGAAAAAUUUGUGUAAUUAAUUAUGGAUCAAAAUUGAACAGUGCUAAUCUAUAAUAGUGCAUUUUAUGAACAGAAUGUGUUUUUAUUACGUUUUGUGAAAUUUAAAUGGUGUUAACAAAAUAAUCGAUUCGAGGUUUUGUCUUGAACAAUAACUACCUACGUUUUCAGUUAUUUAUUACGUCGCACUUUAGAUACCUUGCAAUGUGCGUUAACUAAACCAAGGAACUCAGUGUGUGUUAAUUUUCUGAAGAUUCUCACUUCGCAUCAAAAAUUAUUUGUUAGCAUCAUACCACCAUUGGCUGAACAUCAGUUUUAUGCAAGAUUGUUGAACGGCGUAUGUUGACAACUGCGGCGCAGUAGUGUGCAGUGAGAGUGCGCGAGUGACGGUGAUCAGCGGUGGUCGUGGGUGAUGUGCUUGUGAUACGGCCGAGGACAGUGCAUGCAAAGGCAGCGGUGUAGCGCUCGCCCGGGCAUGGUGCCGGGCAGGUAGCGGGCGCGGGCGGCCUGCGCAGGCCCCACACAAGCAGCCGCGUGUGUUCCCCAGCGUUGUCUAUGGCCGAGCAACACAUUACACCGUCGUCGCACUCUGCACUCUCGAGAGAGUCCAGCGGGUCUUCUCCUAGCAGGGUGGUGGGCGGUCGAUGGUUACGUCAAGUGCGUAAAGUAAGCCGCAGUCGCCGGAGCAGACGCAACGUGACGUCACCUUUGCCGCGCACCAACAGACCCUCUACAAGCCGCACGCUCGACGCUGAUCUGCGUACACACGUGGAGCUACGACGAAGCUCACGCCUCGUCAACACUUUGCCACGUUCCGAUUACUCCAUAUCCGAACGUUGGUCGUACGGAACGGACGUUUACGAAACUCGCUACGACACUACAGAGGGAGAUCAUUCAAAAACCCCUACGAGCCUUACGACUCUUCACAAACGCAGCCGGACUUCUUCGCAUGAUAAGAAGAAACAUAAGAGCCAUCCGACCGCUACGGACAGUAACCCCGCAGACGAGUGUGUGGCCUACUGCACACGUUCACGGACUGCUCUUAAAUCUAGUGAGAGUGUUAGUGAGCAAAAACCGACCACUUCGAAACCCAAUACAGUCGCACGGCCCUCGUCUAAUCACAACACUUCGGAAUCAACAAAUCAACAACAACUCUUAAAGGAAGGAACGGAAGGUGGUUUACUCCCUUUGGACGAGCGCGAUUUUGCUUACUCGCCAUUCAGCUCAUCGACGAUCACUGAGUUACUCGAUUCUGAUUAUUCUGUAUACAGCCCUACCGCUAGUCGAAGGAAAGGGAAAAAGAGGAAACGCUCAACGCAUCGCUCUCUUUCACACAGAAAGAGUCACUGCCUGAUUGAUUUAGACUAUAGAAAGAAGUUUAAAAUAGACCCACUAAAGGAAUCUGCAGAAACCAGUAGAGACAACAUAUCAGAAAGCCGAAUUCCCGAAUACGAGACUGAAAGAGCCACAGCGCCUUCCACGCAACCUACUUGCACAUAUCGGCUACGUAACAGACACAAUCGCGACCUUGGGCCGCCUACCUCAACAGUUAUCAGUGAUACAGCGAAACCGUCGACAAGUCACGUGGUUCAUACACACUCAACAACAGAACGUAAGGGCGCCACUAACUAUCGAGGAGCGACUACUACUCCACCACCGUACAAAGACCUACAAGAAGCCAGCUCAUCAAAAGCUCACAGUUCUGACAGCAAGCUACUAAUAGUUCCGCGCGAUCUCCCGUACUUACGUCAAACUAACGCUCGAAGGAGUAUCGCAGCUGCGACGGGUGCGACUCUGGGAGCUUGCUUGACGAGGGGGGCGAGUACUUCACAGCGUCAGAGACAGGACACUGCCUCAAAAAGACAGCCGGGCGGGAGCGAAGAGGCAACAAGCAGCGCGGGCGGUGGGCGGCGCGCGCGGACGCGCGACAUGCCGCAGCCCCACACGCCCUCUACCAGACGCGACAAACGAGCAGGUAAAAGCAGUCUGGGUUCGUGUGCCAGUACCGGUGGUGGGUCCAGUCGGUCUCAUCCUCAGCCUCUAACCACGGGUGCCAUCGCAUCCACGUCGUCCACGCCGCCGGUGUCAGCUUCCGCUGCCAUGCCCGACAACGCGUCCAACGAUGGGAAGCCUAAGGGCAAAGCAUCGUCAUCAGCAGAGGAGUGCGCGGGCGGCGGCGGUGCGGGUGCGGCUGCCGGCAGCAGCAGCAGCGCUGGCGCCAGCGCCGUCGCCGAGGAAUCCUCUUCUGAAGAGGGGGAAGUCGGCCGACUACAAGCGCUGCUCGAAGCACGUGGCCUGCCUCCACACUUGCUCGGCGCGCUCGGCCCGAGGAUGCAGCAUCUCUUGCACAGGACCGUCACCGCUAACUCUGCGGCUUCAAAAGCAGCACAACUGUUAGCGGGACUGCAAGCCACCGGUGAUGAAGGGCAACAGUUGCAAGCCGUGAUAGAGAUGUGCCAACUGCUGGUGAUGGGCAACGAGGACACUCUCGCUGGGUUCCCCGUACGGCAAGUGGUGCCGGCGCUUAUCAACCUACUGGCUGCUGAACACAACUUUGAUAUGAUGAACCACGCCUGCCGCGCGCUCACGUAUAUGCUGGAGGCGCUACCGCGCAGCAGCGGCGCCGUGGCGCUGGCCGUGCCCGCCUUCCUCGACAAGCUGCAGGCCAUCACCUGCAUGGACGUGGCUGAGCAGAGCCUCACCGCUCUCGACAUGCUGUCGCGCAGACAUUCCAAGGCUAUACUGCAAGCGCGAGGUGUGUCAGCUUGCCUCACAUACCUAGACUUCUUCUCAAUCAACGCGCAGCGCGCUGCGCUCUCCAUAACGGCCAACUGCUGCCAGAAUCUCACUAUCGACGAGUUCCAUCUUGUGAGAGACUCGCUACAAUUACUUGCUAACAGACUUACAAUACAGGAUAAAAAGUCAGUUGAGUGUGUGUGCUUAGCCUUCUCCCGCCUUGUGGACAGCUUCCAACAUGAUCCAGCAAGACUCCAAGAAAUUGCUACCCCGGAACUACUAACCAACUUGCAACAGCUUUUGGUAGUGCAGCCGCCGCUGAUCUCAGGCGGCACGUUCAUCACGGUUCUGCGGCUGCUGUGGGUGAUGUGUGCCGCGUGCCCGCAACUUGCGUUGGCGCUGCACCAGCGCUCCAUUGCCGACACGCUGCUCUGCUUGCUGACAGGAUCCAGCCUGCAUCAGGAGCAAGUGGAAUUGAUUCCGCGUCUUCCGCAAGAGCUGUAUGAGAUCACUUGUUUGAUCGGCGAGCUUAUGCCGCGUUUGCCCACGGAUGGAAUAUUCGCGGUGGAUGCGCAUCUGGACCGGCCCUGGUCCGCGCCCACUGACCGCUCCGCUCAGUGGCAAUGGAGAGACGAUAGAGGCGUGUGGCGCUCAUACUCCUGGGCGGAAUGUCGCGCUCUUGAAGCCGGCGCCGCGGCGGGCGAAGAGGAAGUGUGCCUGAGCACGCUCGGCCGCUCCUACACGGUGGACCUGACCGCCAUGCAGCAGCUCAACGACCACACCGGCACAGCGCGCCCCGUGCAGCGCGUCGCGCCCGCGCCGCCCCUCGCCGACCCCAACGCUGCUAAUGCUGCUGCACCUGACCCGCGUAUAGACAUGGUGCGCCGCAACCCGUCGCUGGUGCGCGCGCUGCUGGGCGUGCUGCACGAGGUGUACUGGAGCUCAGCCGGGCCGGCGCUGCGCGCGCAAGCGCUCAAGGCCAUCCUGCGCGCCGUGUACUACGCGGACGCGGCGCUCCUGCGGCAAGUGCUCAAGACGCAGGUCAUUUCAUCACAUAUCGCGGGUAUGAUGGCGUCGAGCGACCUCCGCAUCGUAGUGGGGUCGCUGCAGCUCGCCGAGAUCUUGAUGCAGCGGCUGCCCGAGGAGAUGGGCGUGCAGUUCCGCCGCGAGGGCGUGCUGCACCAGGUGCUGCAGCUCGCCGAGCGCGCGCCCGCCACCGCGCCGCAGGCCUCGCGGCACCCUAAGCUCAAGUCCCCGAGUGGCACAAGCGCACGCGCAGGCGGGGGCUCGUCGCCCCCCGCGUCGACUUCGGGCUCGUCCCUCGACCACCACAACUUGUCGCUGGCGUUCUCCGCUUCAGGUUCUUUCAUUGCUAGCUCGUUACUGCCAGCUACUGAAACGGCCGCUGAAGCGGGUCCAGCAACCUCGGCGUCCGCGCACCAGCCAUCAACUACAACAGUACACAGAUCUGGCAGCCCGCUAACAGAGAUGCUGAAGCGCAAGCGCGCGGUGAAACGGUCGGGCAGCGCGGCGGGCGCGAGCGCGCGCACGCCUCGCGGCCGCCGCGACGACGCACCCGCGCCGCACGCCGUCGCGCUAGCCGCCACGCCCGCCGCUGCGGCCGUUGCGCAGCAUUCAUCGGGUGUAGCGGGCGCGGUAGGUGCGGCGCGCUCUGCCAGCCGAUUGGGCGCGUCGAAGACUUCGUCGUUCCUAUCGUCGCUCAACCCGUCGCGCUGGGGCCGCUCGCCGCACGCGCACAAGGACUCCGCGCUGCUCGCCUCGCCGCACACCUCCACCAAUCUCACCGUUCAAAACAAGGAGAAAGUUCGGGAGUGGAUCGUGUGGCGCGCAGGCCGCCUGCAGCGGGAGUGGGGUGCGCUGGGCGGCGGCGCGGGCGCGCUGGAGCAGCUGGCGGCGCUGGCGGCUGCCUUGCCGCACCGCGCGCCCGCCGCGUUGGCGCAUCUGCGCGACACGCUGCUCGACCACGACGUCUCGCCCUUCGAGGUAAACCACUCGGGCGUACUAAGUGCAUUGCUGCAGUUCCUGACGGGCACGGCGGCGGACGAGGCGGAAGGCGAGCGCGAGGCUGAGGGCGAAGGCCGAGACUCGGCCGAACUUGCCGCAGCCGAAGAGCGGCUACGACUUUUCCUGCACGUUUUCGCUGACCUGCCUCUAGUUUCUGACGAUGCGGAGUGGCGCGAGAAGGCCCGCACACUGGGCGCGGCGGCGGCGGGUGGCGGCGCGGGCGCACUGGCGGCGCUGGUGAGCAAGGUGAACGCGUGCGUGUCGCAUCUGGAGCAGUUCCCCGUGCGCGUGCACGACCUACCCGCGCGCCCCGCCACCUCCGCGCUCAAGUUCUUCAACACCCAUCAGCUCAUGUGUGAUCUCAAACGUCAUCCGACGUGCACCAACUUGAAGCAGUGGAAAGGUGGUGUUGUGCGGAUAGACCCCCUAGCUUUAGUGCAAGCCAUUGAACGCUACCUCGCGCAGCGCGGCUACGCGAGCGCGCGGUCGCGGGAGGCGUGCGCGGCGCAGUCGGACGACGAGCCCGCGUCCGACGACGACGUGGACGACGCGCUGGCCACGCCGCCGCACCACCCCGUCGAUGCUGACCACAAGUUGGAGUUCCUGAUCGGCGACACCGUGUUGCCCUACAACAUGACGGUGUACCAGGCCGUGCGCCAGUUCGGCGAGCAGACCGACGCCGACACCGACACCGAGACGCCCUUAGCAAACGCCGGUAUCUGGGUUCAAACUCACACGAUCUACUACCGCGCCGUGGAAGCGGCCGAGCCGCCGCGCAGCGACGCGUCCGCCUCUCGUAAAGGCAAAGGACAACCCACCAAAGUAUCUUCCAGGCGAAAACCAGACCUCUUGUGGAACGAAGGCAUAGUGCCGCCGCGGUUGUCGCCGCUCGUAGUGAUGCUGCGGUCGGCGCUGGGCGCGAGCGAGGUGCGCGACGCGUCGCUUCCGGCGCUGGGGCUGCUGCGCGCACUGCACGCGCUGUCGCGACACUGGCACACGCUGUACCGCGCCGCCUGCCUGCCCGACCACCGCCCGCUGGUGCCCAACGCGGACUUCAUCAACGCCAAGCUUGCAGCGAAAGCUAACCGGCAACUUCAGGACCCAUUGGUCAUCAUGACGGGAAAUCUCCCUCCGUGGUUGAAAAAAGUUGCUUAUGCUUGCCCGUUCAUAUUUCCGUUCGAGGUGCGCCACUUGCUGUUCUACGUGGUGUCGUUCGACCGCGACCGCGCGCUGCAGCGGCUGCUGGAGGCGGGCGGCGAGCGCGCGGCUGCGGGCGCGGACGCGGAGCGCGUGGCGCCGCGCCUCGACCGCCGCAAGCGCACCGUGCAGCGCCACAGCGUGCUGCGUCAGGCCGAGCACGUCAUGCACGAGUUCGCGCACUCCAAGGCGUUGCUUGAAAUUCAGUACGAAAAUGAAGUUGGCACUGGUCUCGGACCGACGCUCGAGUUUUACGCUCUAGUGUCGCAGGAGCUGCAGCGUGCGGAUUUGGACCUCUGGCACGGCAGCGAGAACUUCAAACAAAAGCCGACUUCGUUCGGUGGCGAAAUAGUCAAGAGCCAGCCGCCGGUGGUGACGGAUAGAUCGUCGGACGCCGCGGCGCGGCUGGCCUCCUCCGUGCGCGACGCGCUCACCCUAGACGAGGAGCGCUCGCCGGAGCCCUCGGAGCUGGAGAAGGAGACGCUGAUCCCGUCGCCCGCGCCCGACGCCACCUACGUCACGUGGCCCUGCGGCCUCUUCCCGCAGGCCAUCGGCCGCAACGCCCGCGCGAGUCACUUGUCGAGGGUCAAAGCGAAAUUCCGGUUUCUCGGGAAAUUCAUGGCUAAAGCAGUCAUGGACUCUAGAAUGGUGGAUAUCCCGCUGUCGGUGACGAUGUACCGCUGGGUGGUGAGCGAGCAGGGCUGGCUCGGGCUGAGCGACGUGCGGCACGUGGCGCCCGAGCUGUGGCGCUCGCUGUGCCGCCUGCGCCGCGUCGCCGACCGCGCGCGCGCGCUGGCGGCCGACACGAGGCACACGCCCGAGCAACGCAGCCAGAUGAUAAACGGACUGGAGCUGGACGGCUGCCCCAUCGAGGAGCUGGGACUGGACUUCAUCCUGCCGGGCGACGGCUGCACGGAGCUCAGGCGCGGCGGCCGCGACCUGCCCGUCACCGCGCACAACUUGCACGACUACAUCUCGCUCGUCACGCACUGGCUGCUGCUAGAGGGUGUAAACAAGCAGAUGGAGGCGUUCAAGGAAGGAUUUGAAUCAGUAUUCCCUUUAAACAAUUUAAAAAUAUUCUACCCAGAGGAAUUGGAGCAAGUAUUCUGUGGAAGCUCGUCAGGUGGUCGUGAGCAGCGAUGGGAGCCGCGGAUGCUCGCUGAGUGCAUCCGUCCGGACCACGGCUACAACGCUGAAUCCCGGGCGAUACGGAUGCUCAUCGAUAUUCUAGCCUCGUACAAUCGCGAGGAACAAAGACUUUUCUUGCAAUUCGUUACUGGAAGCCCUCGGCUACCCACUGGAGGCUUCAAGGCGCUGAACCCGCCGCUGACGGUGGUGCGCAAGUCGCUGGAGUCGUCGCUGGACCCCGACGAGUACCUGCCGUCGGUGAUGACGUGCGUCAACUACCUCAAGCUGCCCGACUACAGUGGCGCCGAGGUCAUGCGCGCCAAGCUGCGCCUCGCCGCCUCCGAGGGCCAACACUCCUUCCAUCUCUCGUGAAGUGCCCUCCGGCCCCUCUCUUGUGUAAAUGUGCGAAUGCGGUUCGUGACGUCAUUCAUAGUUUGUUGUUAUCGCGGCGCAAAAGCUCCGGACAACAGUUUAUGUGCAAUCAGAGUGUUUUUAUUUCCUUACGUGACAGACACUAAAAGUGCUGUGUUUAUGGUUUCGUUUUCUUUUAGAUUCAAUUUAAAUUACAGAGAUAUGUUAAUAAUUAUAUUUUGUGUUAAUUUAAUGUGAUAGCUUUGUACAUUUGUUUAUCUAGAGUAAAAACUCGAUAUAAUAGUUUUAGUGUGUGAUGCCGAUCGAGUCCUUAAAGCGCGAAAGUGAAAUAUAUCUACUGUCUUGCUCGAUUUGAGGACUCCUGCUGCAGGCGCCACUUAUAUCUACAUAUUUUACAUAAGCUACGUAAAUAAUGACCAUUGUCACCUUCACAUACGCUACUAAAUAGCAUUUAAUACCAAAUGGUGUAUGUUUUGAUUAAACUUUAAGAAACAUAAAGAAAAGUGCAAAAUUUAAUAUGUAACAGUUUCAAUAAAAACCAUGUAAACAACAUUGAACAAA